UUCCGGUUACAACGUGAAAAUUGGAAAAUAAAAGAUUAUAAUUGAAUAAUAAAAAGUCGAAUCCCAAGAAAUUAAAGAAGUUUUCAUAAUUUUCUGCAGAAACCCCUUGGCCAGUGCCUGGCAUAGCGGUUUGACAAUCCUUAAAUUGGCCACCUAGACCAUUUGGGCUGUGUUUUCCUACUUGGUGCACCACACGAAUCAAAUCGAACAACGUAGCCAAAAAUAAGAUUUGAAAACAUCAAGUAAAACAGGAGGGAAGCCCGACAUUGUACCGAAGAAAUCAAUUUAUAACCAAAUAGUCUGCAGAUUACAAAUAUCUGUGGCUAAUACCAGUGGAUUGUCGUUCCCUCAACCAACAAUAGCAACAAUCAAUUGACUUCUUGGGCUGGUAUUGCGUGUGUGUUUGUGUAUUUAAAUAAAUCACAUUAGCGGUGAGUGAGGCAAAGACGGAGCAAACUUUUUGCUGAUACCACACACACUUGCAGACAAACAAAAGAAAGUUGACCACCAGCAGCCAGGGUCAGUCGGACAGCAAGUCUGCCCGUCUCAAUCAUAUUUAUUCCCUAGCCUGUGCCACGCCGUAUUUAAGAAGCCAACGGAACCGACACCAUACAAAGGCUGCCACACCAACAUACCGACAUAUUUAUGUCAUGUUUUUAGAUCAUAUUCUGAAAACGGCAAAGAGAAUUUGAUGAAAAAUCUGUGGCUGUACUAAAUUAUCGAUAUUUUUUGGGAUUUUGGACAUAGAUCACAGCAAAGUUGGCAUCAGGAGCGUUGGUAAAUUGUUAUUAUGACGCAAUAUACGCAACCAGUUGUUGGUCAACAGCAACAAUUGCCGCAACAAACAUCGCCAACCCAACAGCAGCAACAACAGAACACAACGACACAAACCACAAAUAACAAUAACAUGAACAACAACACGGCUGCAGCCACAGCAACUGCAGCUCCCAACGCUACGGCCAAUAACAAUCAAACACAAACUGUAGCGGUACAACACCAACAACAACCCCAAGCAAACAAUAAUAAUUCAACUAAUAACAACAACAACUAUAGUAAUCCUCAACCAAAUUCUGUUCCUGGUAGCGCUGGUGCAGGUGUGGGUGGUCCUGUCUAUAAUCCACAAUUGCAUGCAACCAAUAUGUAUGUUCCUGCACCCCAUGGCAUGGCGGCGGGUCCACAUCAUCCCCACCAUCAACCUGGUACAAUGUAUUCCACAAUGAUACCAGCACCUAUGUCCAGUAAUGUGUAUGUUAACAAUGUCACUGCCAAUGUGAACCUACACGGGUGGCCACACGCUGCUGUACACCAUGGUGGCUGGGUACAUCAUGGCGGUGCUCCACAAUAUAUACCCGGCGAACUACCCCCAGAACAGGGAGCUCCCGUCAUGCAGUCCAUGGGUGCUAUGCCCGUAGCAUUGCCACCCACUACGCCCUUACCUACAGCUCAUGCCGCUGGCGUUAGUGGUGGUCGUGGUCGAGGCCGCGGUGGUGGCAAAGGUUCAAGACGUGGCGAUUACAAUAUGCAACGCCAUGCCUCCCAACAACAUCAUCAUCAACAACAGCAGCAGCAACGACACGAGGGUAGCCCUGCACCACAGACUGGUGGCAGUGCACAGUCCAACAAUCAACAAUCGCAAGAACAACAAACUAUGGAGUCACAACAGCAAAUGAUUUCUAACAUCCCGUAUGCAGCCCAUGCUCAACCUCAUUAUGCUGCCCCACAUGGACCACAAUAUCAAUAUGGAUAUCCCUACUUUGCACCGCAGCAACAAAUGCUACAUGCAGGACAGAGUCCAGCUGCCCAACAAGCUGCCGGAGCACCUCUUUACUUUUCCCCCAUGCCAGUUUAUAAUGGCCACCCCAUUUACAAUUACGGAUACUUUAUACCGCCCAUGAUGAAUCCCUCAGAGUAUCAAUAUCUGCCUGCCGAAGAAGUUAUGGCUGGCUCUGUCGUGGAUGAUAGACAAGCCAGUGGUGAGCCAUCGGCCAUGAUGUGGCAUCAACCGCACAUGUACGCCGACGAAUAUGGCAUGAAUCCCAACGAAAUGCAUGCUGUCGGUAGCGAUGAUAUGAAUCACAAUGCAGGCUCAGCUGCAGAUACUCCAACAAGUAUGUUAAGUCCAAACUAUACGCCCAUAUACGAUCCACAAAUGCAUGAAAUCCAACAACAAAUGGGCGUUAUGCAAAUCUAUGAUGAACAACAAAUGGCCCAAAUGCAGGUUAUGCAUUCUCAGCCUGGAGGUGUACCAGGACAGAUUGAAGACGAUUUGUCUGAAUGUGGCUCCCAGCAAUCCAUACCAAUCCAAAUGGUACCCGCAGGUGCCAUUCUAACCACAGCUGCCGGUAUGCCCAUACAAGCACCACAACAAAGCGGCGUUGAACCAAUGCAAAUGCACCAGCCUCGCCUAGUUCCGGUUGUUGGCAACAAUGGAAAUGCUCUUAUGACCAUUGAACAGACAACAUCUACAGCGCAACAUCAACCACAAACAACAGGGGAUAACAAUAACGUUAUCGAUAGCAAUUUGCAAGGCAAUGAAUUCGCCGCAGCAAACAGCAACACCAUGCAGCCAUGUGAGUCAGUCACCAGCCUCAAUGAAGAGACUCUACAGCAGAGUGUGGAAAAUAUUGCUCAAGACUAUCAACAGCAGCAGCAGCAACAGCACAUUCCACCAAUGGUGGUGGAGGUCCAAACUGCCAUUGGGCAUAUGGACACUUACAAUAGUAACAACAAUAAGAUAUCAAUGACCGAUGUGCAGGAAUUGCAAGAGAAUGUGGCAAAAUCGGCAGCCGAGACAAUGGUGCCUACCAUGGUGGCUGUGACCACAACAAACGUGGAUGUGGCCAUUGAAACCACAGUUAUGCAAAAUAGUCCAAUGCCGCUGCCCCAGCAACAGGAGAAAUCCCAACAGCAGCCCCCACAACAACAACAACAACAACAGCAUUAUGCUCAGGAUAAACCACAACAACAGACGUCACAAUAUGUGGCCACACAAACUCAAGGAAAUCAAAGUGUUCCUCAGCAACAAGUGCAACCACAGCAACCUCAAAAUUACAAACAUCAACAGCAACAUGCCCAGCAGCAGCAACAUCAUGCAGCUCAACAACAAUAUCACCAUCAACAGUUGCAAACUCAGCCGUCACAACCUCAUCACCAAGCCCAGCAGCAGCAACAUCAUACACCCCAACAACAGCAGCAGCAGCAGCAGCAACAAUAUCCUCCCCCACAACAAUCGCAUUAUCAUAACUAUGAUAAUCGCAAAUCCUCCUCCCAAAUGUAUGGCAAUCAGCAACAGUCUCGUCGCAAGUAUGAUUAUCACAAUCAUGGAUCGAACAGCAACAACGAGGGUGCAUCAUCCGCAUCCGCAACGCAAAAUCAACAGCAGCCCACAACGAAAACCAUGUCGUGGACUAAUUCUUCGCAACACAAGAAAUCCACCAAUACAGUGGCUGUGACUGCAACACCUUCCUUGACCCAUGCCGGAGGUUAUAACAAAUCAACGAAUGCUUCGACCAAUUCAUCGUCUACCUCGUCAACAAGCCAUGGCGGCGGCGGCGGCGGUGGCGGAGGCAGCCAUGGUACACGUACCUAUACCAAUCAGCAACAUCAGCAGAGCUAUCAGCAACAGCAAACCACCCAGACUCGUAACUAUGGAGCCAUGAAAAUGCCUUCUUCACCAGUGGCCAGUGCACCCACCAGUGCCAGUGGAAGCGGUGGCGUCGGCGGUGGCGGUGCCGUUGGCCAUAUGGAACGUAAGACCAGUCAAUCAAGUGAUACUGGCAAAACUCACCAGCAGGCGGCUACCACCUCAACGGCUUCUACCACAGCCACACCCCAUCAUUUCCAGCAAACAACAGCCGCUGCAAGCAAUCAGCAAUCGGCCCACAGUCAUGAAGCCCCUGCCAGCAGCAGCAACAGCUCCACUAGCGGAGGAAAGCAACAUUCUGGCAGUGCUCGCAAACAAAGCACCGGACAACAAAGCCAAACGGCAAACAUAACAGCAACGAACACAGCUGAGGCCACUGCCUCGCCUACCAUAAAUUUGGCCCCACCCGCUUCGGCUACCACACAAACCGCACCCUCGACCCCCUCAUGGGCCAGUUUGUUUAGAAAUGCUGCCUCCUCCACUACAGCAUCCAGUGCCAGCCCCGCUGCCGCAGCUGCCACCACCUCCAAUACAAAUCAAAGCAGCAAUGCUGCCAAUGCUUCAGCCUCCACAGGUAUAGCCACCAACUCCACGACGUCCUCAUCUACGUCCACUGCCAACUAUUCACAAAAGCCCAUAGCCAAAGUUGCUCCCUUUGAGAGUGCGGCCUUUGCCACACCAGCUGUAACACCCGGUGCCUUGUCAUAUUCGGCGGCCUCUGCACAAAAUCUACCGCCACCGUCCGCCGCCACUGCGGCAGCUGCUGUUGCAGUUGUUGGCAAUCAGAAAAAGAUCACCACCAACAUGGCCAGUCUCGAUGAGUUCUCAAUGAAAUUUGCCGAUUUCUUAACCAAAUACAAAAGUGACUGGACCACCAUAAGCUUGAGACCACGUGGCCUUACAAAUCGUUCCAAUUAUUGUUACAUAAACUCCAUAUUGCAAGCCCUGCUGGGCUGCUCGCCCCUGUACAAUUUGAUGAGAAGCAUUCCCAAGCAGGCGGCUAAUUUGUGUGAAGUCAAGGCACCCACCAUUAAUGCCAUGAUGUCCUUCAUGUCAAAUUUCUCCAAUUUGCCAAGUGGCCUUCGCCUGCGUACCGCCAAAGGUGGUAAGGGCAACAAAGACGAUUUAGCAGCUGAACUACAAUGCGAUCCUGCCUUUGAACCCACUGAAAUAUAUAAACUAUGGAAUGAUAGCCGUGAGGAGCAUGUUGAGGGGCGCCAAGAGGAUGCCGAAGAGUUCCUUAGCUACAUAUUAAAUAAACUUAAUGAUGAAAUGCUGGAGGUUGUAAAACUUAUUGCCAAACCCAAUGCUGAACAGAAUGGUCAAAAUGAACAGGCCGAAGAUGGCGAAGAUGGUGAUGUAUGGCAGAUGAUUUGCAAUAACCGCAAUAAGGGCAGUGUUACACGCCAAACUGAUUUUGGUUGCACUCCAUUGAGUGAUAUAUUCCGCGGUGAAUUAAGAUCACGUUUGCAACGUGAGGGUGAACAUCCUACCGAUGUUAUACAACCAUUUUUAACUUUACCUUUGAACAUAGAGAAAGCUGCCUCCGUCAAAGAAGCCUUGGAGAUUUUAGUUGGACGCGAUCAAUUGGAGGGUGUCACCGGCAGCAAGAGCAAACAAGAGGUUCUUGCUUGGCAACAAAUGAAUGUUGAAAAAUUACCUCCUAUUUUGAUAUUACAUCUCAAAUGGUUUGAUUACCGUUCGGAUGGUUGCACCAAGAUCUUGAAGAAGGUCGAAUUUCCUGUUGAUCUAAAAAUCGAUACAAAAAUUUUGGCUUCCAAAAAGUACUCACAAAAACAACGAGCUUAUCGUCUUUUCGCUGUGGUCUAUCAUGAUGGCAAGGAAGCCUCAAAGGGUCACUACAUCACCGAUGUCUAUCACACCGGCUAUGGCAGUUGGUUGCGUUACGAUGAUAGCUCGGUGAAGCCCAUCAUUGAGAAUCAUGUAUUGUUGCCAAGGACACCGCGUGUGCCUUAUUUGCUCUACUACAGACGCUGUGAUACAAUACCACAACAGAAUAACAAUGCCGGCGGUGCAGCAGGAAGCGGCGGUAGUGGCAAUAACAACAACAAUAAUUCAUCAACUGGAGCUAACAAUGCCUCCGGAGGUGGUGCCAGUAAUGCAUCAAAAUAAACAACUGCCAUAGUAAAAGAGGCAGAGCAGAGCGCGAGCAUCAUCAAAUGGACAAUGACAAUGGGAAAAGUUUUAAAAAAUGUUAGCAAAAGGAAAGGAAGGCAUUACAAGCAAACAAAGCAACCAAGCAACCAACCAACCAACAUACAAUAGUACAGCAGCAAAUGAGAGAUGUAAAAAAAUAAACCAACUAAACCAGUGGCAGCAGCAGCAGCAGUAGCAUCAAGAAAAGCCUUGCAGCCUGACUACAACCGACCAAUGUGCAAUGAAAACAGCCAAACAACACACUAUACCAUAGUAGUUUAUUAGCAUGGAAAUGCAAAGUGCGCUUAAACUAUCAAAGCUCGCAGGUAAUGGCAUAUGGGGGUUUUCAGGUGCCCUGCCACAGUCAGUUAAUGCUUGGGCAAAAACUGCAUUGCCCUGGUUAGAUCCCUUGAAAGACAAAGGUUUUUAAAACCAUUUGGCUUUCGAUGUGUGGCAAUUGGCCUUUAAAGAAAAAAACUCCUCUAUGAGAAAACAAAACAAAAUCACUAAAGUGAGCACCACCAAUCAUUUAUAUAUGAAUAGUUAUUUUUUCGAUUAUUAUUUUGCAACAGGUGAUAAACAUAAAAAAAAAAAUUCUAUAUAUAUACAUAUGGUAACGACUGACGUGUAAUAAUGAUGUAUGAAUGUAUUUGUAUGUAAAUGUAUCCAUGUAAGUAGUUAGUCUAUCUAAUAAUUAUAAUAAUAUUAUUGUGUAAGUAACUAUCUCAGACUGUAAGUUGGAAAACAUGAAGUAUGGCAAAACCAUAGGAACUAAGUCUAAAUCCUUCAUCCCCUCUACACCCACACCCACCCACACACACACACAAAGGCCUACACCCCAAGGCAAAUGAAAGAAAAUCUAAGAAAAAAAAAACACAUGAAAUAAUUUUAAUAUUUUUUUUUUUGAAAAAUUACAUUUUUUUCUCUUUUAUUGUAGUUUUAAU